AUGGCCGAAGCUAUUCCUAACUUGGAGGUUGACAUCGUGGUGGUGCCGUUCCCUCACGCCGGACACAUCUUCCCGGCCACCCAACUCAGCGCUCACUUCGCCCGACGAAACUACAGGGUCGCUAUCCUCCUGCCUUCCUCCUCCACCGCCUUCGCUUCUCCUCACCCCCUCGUCCGCCCCCUCCAGAUCAUCUCCUUGCCGGACCCCUUCCGCGUCCAGGCCAAGCCCCUCGAGGACGCCCUCGACUCUCUCCUCCUCGCCUUCUUCGCCCGGAACACCUCCCUCCUCUGCGUUGUCGUCGACGACAUGCUCAGCGGCCUCAUCGACACCUGCCUCGCGCACUCCGUCCCCGCCGUCAGCCUCUUCACCUCCGGCGCAUGCGCCGCAGCCCUCGACUACGUGUCCUGGCAACUGGACGUCGACGCCCUCCCCGACUCCUCCGCCGCGGUUCCCAUCCCCGGCCUCCCCGACGACAUAGCCCUCACCCCAGCCGACAUCCUCAGCACCCGCCACAGGCCCUUCGGCGGCCCGGCUUGCCCCGGCGGACCUCGCCGCCAGAGGGGCGUCGAGGGGGCCGACGGCGCCAUCGCGCUACUCAUCAACACGUGCGGCGAUCUGGAGCGUCCCUUCUUGGACUACGUCUCCAAGGCGGCGGGGAAGCCGGCCUGGGGCGUCGGCCCGUUGCUGCCUGAUUCGUUCUGGCGAGCCGCGGCGGGGUCGACGGGGGAGGGCGAGGUCCGUUCCGGGAAAGAGUUCGGCGUGGACGUGAAGGAGCUCGUGCAGUGGUUGGACGCGAAGCCGACGGGAUCGGUGAUCUUUAUCUCGUUCGGAUCACUGGUCGCCCCCUCAGGCGAGGAGCUGGCCCAGCUUGCGGCUGCCUUGGACGACGUGAACCUGCCUUUCGUGUGGGUUAUGCAGCCGGAGGCGAAGGCGUCGGACGCAAUGGGACAGCCGACGGAGAGCGAUGGCCGAUUGCUGCUGCAGGCAGAGGAAGUGGCAAAGCGAAGGCAGGGAAUGGUAAUCCGAGGGUGGGCGCCUCAGCUGUUGAUCCUAGGCCACCCAGCGGUGGGGGGUUUCUUAAGCCACUGCGGUUGGAAUUCGACGGUGGAAGCGGUGGCGCGCGGGGUGCCGAUUCUGGCGUGGCCCGUGCGGGGGGACCAGCACCAUAACGCCAAGUUGGUAGUGCGUCACCUCAAGGUAGGGUGCGCCGUUCGACGCCCCGUCGACGGGUUGAGCUCGGCGACUGCAGUGACGAAGGAGGACUUGGCUAGCGGUAUCCGAAGAUUGAUGGGCGACGAAGGCAUCAGGAGGCGCGCUACUUCGGCGCGGGCAUUCUUCGCCGGCGGAUUUCCUGAGAGCUCGUCUUCCUCCCUGGAUGCUUUUUUGGAAUUGGCCUCGUCUCAAUUUCGGCCAGGAUUCUCGCACUGA